AUGGCCGUCUUUGGCAAGACUGGCUCUCGGACCUUGAAACUAGGAGGCAUAAUCAUCACUCUGGGUAUCCUGAUCCAUUUGGGAGUCCGGAUCAAAGCAUUCAUCCACAUCUUCUUUGAGCAUGCCGGCGUUCUUUUGGAUCAGGAAGCAAUCCAACAUGCCCACACGGCAGGAGAUGUCAGACCGCUGGUCGUACCGCGCAUAACUCAUCAGAUAUUCCACAAUUGGACGCAUCCUGGAGAUGAGACUUUGCCGGRAGACUGGAAUGCUACCCGACAGACGUGUCUCGAUGCGAACAAAGAUUGGGUCCAUCAUCUCUGGACCGACAGAUCUUCGGAGGAAUUCAUCACGAACGAGUAUACUUGGUUCUUGCCUACAUACAAAAGCUUCAAAUUUCCAGUGCAGAAGAUUGAUGCUUUGAGAUACUUUCUCAUGCGCCAUUACGGUGGGAUCUACAUCGACCUCGACAAUGGGUGUGAGACUAAUCUGGAGCCCUUGAGAUACYACCCAGCUUGGACGACAGAUGGCGGACAUGGUGCGCUCAGCAAUAACAUCCUCGGCGCGGAACCAAAUCAUCCUUACUGGAUCGCGAUGACGGAGUCCAUCAUCUCGCAUGCAUGGAACUACCCUUUGCCAUAUCUCACCAUCAGCUACGCCACUGGACAGUGGUUUCUGACGAAAACAUGGGAGGAGUAUCAUCAAAAGCUACCUCCGAGUGGAGCACGUCUGACCAGAGUACUGAUGGAUGGCCGUCCAGGAAAACCGCCAUGGGUGUUUUUCAACCACACCCGUGGUGGGACCUGGGAUAAUUGGGACAAUCGUCUGUUUGGUUGGAUCGGGGACCAUUUGGGACUGGUGGCAUUGAUGGUACUAUCAACGUGUAUUCUGUGCGGCCUGGCGGUGUCUUCAUGCUCAUCCGCGAUGAGGAGAAGACAGAGGGCGAGCUAUGGAUUGGUGAAGAACAUGCAGUGA